AUGGACUGUGGCCUGUUGGGUGAAGGUAUUGCUUGCAGCCUGUACGAUGCGCUGAAGCGACAGAUUGCAUUCUCUCCAAUCAUUAUACCGCAAAAAGAUUUUUUGACUGCUUUUCAUCCAGAUGCCAAAGAUAUAUCGAUGGAUCUGGAACCGUACUGGUGUUGUGCAGCGAACGAAAUUCGCGGUGGUUACAAAAUUUUGAGUGAAGUAGUCGAAAUUUUUAACAUUUCAUUUGCGGCUCGUUCACAAUUGGAAAAACUCAACGAGCAUGUUGUGGUGGAUCUUCAUACGGCGCCCAUCACUUGCAGUGGUACCGCACAUUCUAUCAUGGCCUGGUUUCGCUGCGAGCUAUUUCCCGGUGCGCCAAUUUUAAAUACAAGCCCGGAGAGCAAAAGUUGUUGGCAGCAAGCAUUUUAUCCAUUGCCGAAACCACUUUACUUAGAAAAAGGCUUCCUUUGCACGCUGGAAGUGAACGCGUUCAGGGAUCAUCUGCUUUGCUCUCUUCGUAAUGUUAUUGUCCCGGAAAAU